UGGUAGCGCAAUGUAAUGACGUAGGCUGAAUGUGUGCCUCUCAUCCCAGCAUCCAAAUGCACACAUGACAGUCAGGUCAAGUCACUCUGGUCGAUUGGUACGGGUACAGUGACCAGAAAAGUUAAAUGAAAGUGAAAGUCAAACAUGUCGUGGGUUAAAUCCGUUUCGGUCAGCGGGGAUGAUGUCUUCGACGAAGACGCGGAUGACAUCAGUUUACAUAACAGAGAGUGGAAGCACAACAUGGAGAAACGAGUCAAGGAUGGUUACGUGGAGGGCAUCGACACGGCGAAAGCACAGUUUCUUCAGGUCGGCUUCAACUUGGGGUACCGAGAAGGAGCCUUGAAGACGGUGGCCCUCGGCCGUCUCAAAGGGAUCGUGAGUGCCAUCCAGUGUUGGUGCCAGCAGAGGCCGGCGCCCCUCAACUCCACCCCGGUGUCGGUGAGCGGCUUGCUCCAGCGAGUGGUCCAGCACGAGGAGAGACUGAUGAAGGAGAUGAGGCAAGCGCUGGAGAAGCCCCCUGUGACCGCCAGCACCGUCUCCGAUAGCCUGGAAGACCUGGGGGUCCACCCCGGGGAGGAGGAAGGCUGCCGGGGACCAGGAGGAAAGGACGACGGGUCGGCUGGAGGAUUAGGUGGAGGAGAAGGAGGCGGAUGUUGUGGGGGAGGGGGAUGUGGAGGAGAAGGUGGUGAAGGAGGAGGAUGUGGACAAAAAGGAGGAGAUGGCAGCGGAGGAGGAGGAUGCAAUAAGACAGACUGCUGCCAGAAAGGAGGAGAAGAAAAGACGGAGCACGAACCUUGUUUGAAGGUUUCUUCCUCCUCCAUUUCCUCGUUCUCCUCCUCCAGGAGUUUUGACUCCAGAGAGAGCCUUCUCGAGCUCCUGCGGGCGUGUGAGGACCUUGUGGAUGAGCUGGGGUUACCACGGGAACUAAUUGUGCAACUGCAGUCGUUGAGGAGCACAGCGUGAAAAUAAACACUGAUGAUGAUGUUUUGUUGACAUUAUAAUUUUUUACAAUA